CUCCCAGGCGCGCGACACCCAACGGCGAACCCUAGCGAAGCAAGCCCCAUUGCCUUUGGCGGUAUUCCUCAACGCGGUCAUCGUCCGCGACAUCCAGUCGUUUCUCCUUUUUAUUCCCAAGCGAUAUCUGUUGCCGUCGUCGAGAUCCAGCCGUCGCCACCAGCCGCAUCCCUCUGGUGAAGAUUAAGUAGAUCCGUAUACUUGGCUGGAAAGACUCUUUUUUGCCCCUUUUUGAUCCCAACAUCCUGUGAGAAGCAGUGUUGGUGAAAGAAGAUACGUCAUUGAUCAUUAAUACUUCAUUUGUGGAAUGGUUUUUCAGUUUCCGUGCUAUCUUGUAUAGUCAUUAUUCCACAGACUGAAGCUUUACAAGAUGGGAAAAGAUAAGAAGGUUGGAAAAGCAGCACAGGGUAACACAAAGUCUUUGCCUAAGCUUACAAAGAAGAAGCUAAAGUUAGAAGAAGACCCAGAUUCUGGUAAUCAAACAGCCGGAGGAGCUUCUACUGAAGCUGAAAACAACUUGAGAAUUUUAAAAGGUAAGAAAGUUUGGAAAGCAGCAAAGGGUACCUCAAAGCUUUUGGUUAAGCUUAGAAAGAAGAAGCUUAAGUUAGCAGAAGACCCAAGUUUUGACGAUCAAACUGUUGAAGGAGCGUCUACUGAAGCCAAAAAUAACUUGAGAAUUUUGAAAGAACAUAAGAAAAAUAAAGCAAAACCAAUGGAGAAGAAAGGCAAAUUGUCAAAAAGGAAAAAAGGAGGGGAAGAUAACAAAAGUUUUACUAGCAAUGGCGGUCAACAUCUAAACAAGGAUGACCAUGUUUUUGAUCUAAUAAAUUCUGGCCAGACAUCAGAAAAUGGCUCUGUAGAAGUUAAAGAACAGAGUGAAACUGUUGGUUCUUCUGGUGUUGAGGAAGCUUGUAUUGGAAAAAGAAUUAAAACCAAGAAGCUAAAGAGGGUUGGAAAGAGCAAAAGGAGUGAUCAUGUAUCAGAAAAAAAUGUCAAAUUGGAAAAACUUGCUGAAGUGGAUUCUGAAAAGGUUGAUGAGAUUUCAUCAGUGGAUGAAGAUUGUACCAGAGGAAUGAAAAAGUGGCUUAUUAAUUAUAAAGAGAGUAGACAAGGCUUGAAGAUACUGCAACAAAGAAUUGAUGAGUUCAUAACUGCAUAUGAAGCACAACAGGAGCAGGAAAGGAGAGAAAGAGAAGCAAUUGCUGCAGAAGGAGGAUGGACAGUUGUGGUGCACCAUAAAGGCAGGAAGAAGACAACUGAUUCUGAGAGUGGGAUAACUGUGGGUUCUGUUGCUCAAGCUGCUGUCCUUGAUAACAUGGCUAGAAAGAAAAACAAAGAAGUUGCUCUAGAUUUUUACAGAUUUAAAAAACAGGAAGCACAGAGAAGUGAGGUCAUGAUGUUGCAGAGCAAAUUUGAGCAAGACAAAAAGCGUAUACAACAGCUGCGAGCUGCAAGGAAGUUUCGGCCUUAUUGAAGAUGAUUGUGAUUCUGGGAGAUGUACCAUCUUUUUGAAGAAAUAUCCAUAUUAUAUUAUCAGAAGCCUGUGAUUACGAAGCAAAUUUACUAUAAUUUUAAAAUCAAUAUUACUUCAUUCCUGCAGAAGUCGAUGGAUAAUGAAGGCAGCAAGUUCUGUGCGGUCAUGCAUGUAACAGCUGAUGUUUGGAAUUUUGUUUCACCACUACCACUGGUUACAAGAGGGUGCACACUUGGAGAAUAAUGUCACUGUUACGCUGCUAUUCUUCUGUGCUUCUCACAUAUUUGCGACUUCCCAGUCACUCGUAUCGCUGGAAACUAUUCUAUGAUGGGUGGGCAUGAGCAAGGUUCAAAGGCUUUGAGCAU